UUUCACCUUGUCUGUUAGUUUGAGGUUUCAGUCGCUGUUUCCUCUCUUUUGAGAGUUACGUGCAGCUGCAGUUCUCUUCGACAGUCUUACUGUCAUGUUCUGCUACAUGAAAGUCCUCUCCACUCUUCUGUGUUUACUGUUACUUCACCGAAAUGCAAGCGCAAAUUGUUCAGCGGGUCAGAGGCUUAAUUAUAAUACAAACAAAUGUGAGAAAUGUCCAGCAAAUCAAUUCAGCCUUUCACCUGGAACAGCUAAUGUUUGCCAGAACUGCAACACAUGUAGAAGAGGUAGUAUUGUAUUCAAGGCUUGCACACCUACCAGUGACACUCAGUGCAAAUGUAAAGAAGGCUUUACACCCAUUAAUCGGUUCAGUGAAGAGAUUUGUGUGUGUGAAAAAGGUUCUGGAAUAGAUGAAAGAGGAAUAUGCAGAAAAUGUGAGCCUGGCUACUUCACAGACAAACGUGACUCGGUUUGUAAAAGAUGGAGAGAGUGUCAAAGUGGGGUUAAAGACCCAGGCACAACCACUUCUGAUGCUAGCUGCAAAAAUGCCUCGGAAGAGGUGACUGAACCUCCCAAAGCCCAUACUACUACCACCACGACCACUUCAACAACUACAGUCUCCUCUUCCAUUAACACAAAAGAAGACAGCAUCUACGCCUUGUGGCUGGUUAUGGCAAGUGCUAGUAUUAUUCUGCUGGCUGGACUCCUGUACCGAAAGUGUAAAGUCACCUACUGUAUUCAUAACCACAAGAAAGUGGAUUUUCGAAAAGAAAGUGUAUGCAGAAAGCCUGUUGAAGAAUCUGGGGAAAAGUGCCAGUCUUUGCUCGUCUAACACAAUUGUUAACGGCCUCAGUGUUUCUUUUUAUGGAGUAUGUUUUAUGCAUGCAAUAUUAGUUGUUAUAUAACUAUUAGUUGUUAUAUAACUAUAUUCAAUUGCUGUUAACAUAAUUACAUUUCCACGUAGGGAUAGGGAUAGUUUAUACAGAUAUUUUGAAGAAUGUUGAUAACCAAACACUUGACAAUAACCACUGACUUGCAUAGUAUGAAAAUAAAAACACUGUCAGUCAUUGGCAUGUUUGAAUACCAACAUUCUUCAAAAUAUCUUCUUUCGUGUUCAACAGGAGAUUGAAACUUAUACAGUUCUGGAACAACUUGAGGGUGAUAAAUGAGUGAACUAUACCUUAUCUAAUAAUGAGUGCUUAACUAUAAUUGUCUUACAUUGUUGAAGAAACUUUUUAAAUAAUUAAUAUUGUUAAUAUUUUUAUUGUUCUUCAGUGCUGUAAGAAUAAUUAUAAAUAGUCAAAAGAAGCUUACAUCAAGGGUUGUUUAAGACCCCGUUUAUUCCUGUUUUGGCAACCGGUUUGAAACAUUCGGGGUCCAAAAUCAAUUGAGAUUCAUCCACAUGUGAAGGUGUGGAAAAAGUCAUUGCUUUCGUAGUGUAAAUGCUCAUCCAUUUGAAUUCAGAUGGCUGAUUUCAUAUAAGCCUUGAAUUGAUUUCAAUUCAUUAAUUGGAGACAGAUUUACUUCGAAUUCAGCUGAUCAGUGAAUUUGAAAUUAAAUCUUCACUUCAUUGGACUUCAGUCAACAGCUGUUGGUAGGGUGAUGGUUGCCAUAACCUUAUUAGUCUUUUCCUUGUCACCACAGUUGUUUAUCACAGACAUGCCCUGUAGUGACUCAUGCAUUCCUGAGACAAAUUACAAAUGAUCUGAGAUUUCCAUAUUUAGGUGGGCUAAGGACAAUGUCUGAGAAUCUUUCCUUUUUGUUCUUGUGUGUGUAGCCUAAUUAUAAAGAUUUAAUGUUGUUUCUGUGAAAUGGAAAUAAAUUGGUUGCAUAGACCAGUGA